GUGUGUGUGUGUUUGUGGAAGCAGAGGUGCAGCAAAAUGCGAAAUUCCUCGCCAACGUCGUCCUACGGGCGCCAUCGCCAUCGCUCCAAGUGGAGUGCCACGGUAAGGGCCGCUUUUCUACUGCUGCUGCAACUGUCCGCGCACGGGGCGCAUGCGCAGACGCAAAAUCAACCGCCACACUUCGUGCCCGGCAGUGGCGAUAUGUCACGUUUCAGUUUGCUCGAGAACACGCCAGUCGGCAGUCCGGUGUAUCAGUUGCGCGGUAUCGACCCGGAGGGCAGCCGUUUGAAGUACAGCAUAUCUGGGCCAGUGUUCUCAGUUGACCGUGAAACCGGUGUUGUGCGCCUACGACAAGAACUUGAUCGCGAAACGCAAGACACCAUUGAAGUGAUCAUUAGCAUAACGGAUGAGGGCAUCUAUGGCACCGAACCAAACACGAUCUCAUUGCGACGUGAAAUACCAGUGCGCGAUUUCAACGACAACCAUCCGACCUUCAUUGGGCGUCCCUAUUCGGCAAGUGUUAGCGAAUCACUGGCGGUGGGCGGCGAAUUGGAAAUCAAACCACGUAUUAUUGCCAUCGAUCGUGAUGAGGGCAUCAAUGCCAUUUUGACCAUCAAAUGUGUACAGGAGAAUGAUAUUUGCGAUACGUUCGAUGUGCGUGCGGAACGUAUCUCUGAUGGUAAUUACACUGCGCGCGUCACGCUAAAAAAGCCGCUUGAUUACGAAAGCCGUCCAUCAUACAUAAUGACUGUGGCGGCGUCCGAUGGCGCUCUGGAUAACCGACUGACCUCAUUCGCCAGUGUUUCGAUCAACGUAGUUGACGUGCAAGAUCAACCGCCGAUCUUCACGAGUGCGCCAUACUCUGCCACGGUGGCGGAAAACACACCGGCCGGUGUGAGUGUAUUGACCAUUAAAGCAGUUGACGGUGACGUUGGCAUACCACGUGACAUCACCCUUUCGCUUGAUGAUGAGCAUUUCGGCCACUUCGAGUUGGAGCCAUUUGGUGAUCCCAAAGAAGGUACUGCCAUACUGAAAACCACAAAUGUGCCAUUGGAUCGUGAGAAUCCGGAGAUAUUGCAAAAUGGUGGUGUGUAUGUGUUCAAUGUACGCGCCACGGAGGUGGUCGACGGUCAACCGCAAGACGACUACUCAACCACGCGUGUAACGAUUGUGGUCAAUGAUGUGGAUGAUCAUAUACCAGAGUUCAAUGAAGACUACUUUAAUAUCUCUAUACCAGAGAAUUUGGGUAAAGGCAUGGCGUUGCCGGGUUUGUCGGUGUUUGUAGAUGAUCGUGAUUUGGGUGAUAAUAGUCGUUAUGAGUUGGCAUUAAGGGAUGUCAAAAACUCGAAAGGUGUAUUCACAGUUAGUCCCAAAGAAGCACAGGGUCGCACACCAGUAGUUGUUCGCAUUCUAAACUCCACUAAGCUCGAUUACGACGUUAACGAUGCUGCACUGCGCCAAUUCGAGUUCGAGCUAGUUGCUUCGGUAAAUGGGGAGGAGAAAUCAAAAGCUAGUGUACGAGUUAAUUUGCAAGACAUCAAUGACAAUUCGCCCAUAUUUGAACAAAAUACUUACCGAUUUGCCGUUCCGGAAAAUGCCACAAUGAAUGAAGAGUUCGGCGUGUUUAAGGCAACGGAUAAAGACUCCAAUGAAUUUGGAAAAAUCACUUAUUUGUUGAAAGGUUUUGGCUCCGAUAACUUUUUUGUGAACCCCAACACUGGCGGCUUUCACGUGCAAAAGCCAUUAGACUAUGAAAAACAAAACAGUUAUAGUUUGACUAUUGUAGCCAAAGAUGGUGGUGGCCUCGAGUCCAAUGCAAUCCUAUAUGUAGACGUGCUAGAUGUCAAUGACAACUAUCCAAUUUUUGAAAGCGAUGAGUAUACCAGAAUUAUACGCGAAGGCACAGCGAGCUUCGAACCCCAAUUCUUCAUACGCGCUCAUGAUUAUGAUGGGCCGACGCAGGGUGGCGGACGUGUUAAGUAUGCGAUAGUGUCGGAGAACAGUAUUUCAGGCAACGUCUUCCAAAUCGAUGAGGACACUGGUGAGAUAACGCUACAUAAGGUGGCAAAGUCCAUGGACACCGAGCGUGGCGAGUACGAGCUCGUAAUCUCAGCUACCGAUUUCGGUAUUCCACCCCUAACGAAUACGACACGCGUCUUAAUACGAGUUGGUAUCAGUGGUAAUCAGCGUCCAAUAUUCAAGGGACACUUCCAGAAUGUCGAAAACGUUCCCGUGCUCGGACCUCCUAGCUAUCGUGUUUCAAUACCCGAAAAUGCGCCUUCCGGUUAUAAUGUGACCAUGGUUUCGGCACAUGAUCCCGAUGGACUUGACGAACUUCUGAGAUAUCGUAUUGUGGGAGCAAACGAUAAUUUCGAAAUCGAUGAAAUUUCUGGUCUUAUUACCGUUUCUCCACACGCGCAUAUCGAUCGCGAUGCCAACAUGGAUAGUUUCGAAAUAACUGUAAACGCUGUGGACGCUGGAACACCCAUACCGGAAACUGCCACCACCACAGUGUAUGUGAACGUCAAAGACAUAAACGACGAGAAACCCAAGUUCGAGCACGCCAGCUAUGCGGGUUACGUAUCUGAGCGUACUGAGGUGGGUGAGAGUGUGCUCAAAGUACGCGCUAUUGACAAAGAUCUUUUCUCCAAACUGGAGUACAGCAUAAGCGGUACAGUGAAAGCUACCACAAAAGCCGGUGUAAGUAUAGCGAAUCGUAGUAGCUACAAACCGGAGGAAGCCUUUCGCAUCGAUAGUGGAACUGGUGAAAUAUUUGUAAACAGCAUGUUGAGACAUGAUGUGGCAGCCGUAAUCACAUUCACUGUACAAGUACGCGAUCUCAACGCCGAAGUGGACCCAGAAGGGCAAAUCGACACGACUGAAGUUACAUUUUAUGUCCAAUCUUUCAAAGAUACAAAUCCCGUGUUUAAGAACAAAGGCUGGACAAGUUCGAAACCAGUAAUAUAUAUUGUGCUAAAGGAAGAAAUGCCGAUCGACAGUGCGCUUUUUAUACUUCAAGCCGAAGAUCCCGUUACCCAGACAGCCAUCACUAGCUUUCAACUUGUUGAACCCGACGAACUGGAAUACUUUCAAAUCAAUGAGCAUACAGGGGAAAUCAUACUGAAAAAACGUUUAGAUUACGAAGCACUCGAAACAGGAAAGACAGAGUUUGACUUUCAAAUUAAAGCUACAUCUGCCGAUGGUCAACGUUCCACCAUAACCAGAGUUAAUAUCACUGUAGAAAAUGUAAAUGACAACAGUCCUAUAUUCGAGGAGUCCAGUUAUAAGGCAACCAUUAUUGAAAAUAAAAUGCAUCCGGAGAAAGUGGCACACGUUAGGGCGAUUGACAAAGACGCCGCUCUCAAUGAACGCGAUCGACGACUCGGAUAUCACAAAAUCGUCUAUUCGUUACAAGGCGAAUACGCCGAACUCUUUGAAAUUAACAGCACCACCGGCGAAAUAGUUAUUGCCACGAACCAAACUGUAGAUCGAGAACGUACGCCCCACAUUUAUCUGCAAGUAAAAGCUGAAGAUUCUCCAGGGCGGCCGACAGACGCCAAACAAAGCACCGUUGACUUGACCAUUGAUGUGUUAGAUGUCAACGACAAUGCGCCGGAAUUUAGUCAAAACAACUACACGGGUGUCAUACCCGAGAAUGCGCCCACCGAUGCAUUUGUUCUGAAAGUAUACGCCAAUGAUCCUGAUGAUGGACCAGGUGGUGAAGUGCGUUAUGAACUGCUGGAUGAGGGCGAUGCAAAGGAUUUGUUUAAGAUCAACACAGUUAGCGGUGAAGUGAAGACUAAACGAGAACUGACUGGUAAGGGACGUUCACAGCCAUAUGAACUGGUAAUAAGGGCGCAGGAUAACGGUAAUCAAGUGCCUAAGCAAGAGUCGUUGGCAACCGACGUGCCUGUCAUUGUUUACAUAGGCGACGUGAGCGCCAAUGAUGGUAUACCAUACUUUGUGGCACCUAAAUUGGGUCAGAUGGCCAAUGUGACAGAGAACUCUGCAAUCGGUUCACCCGUAUUCCAAGUCAUAGCGAGUGAUCCCGAUAAUCCCAAUACGCCCUCCGGUAUGCUUUCUUAUAAGAUUUUGGAAGACACAGCAGAUGCGGAGUCUUUUGCGAUUGACGAAAAGACUGGACUUAUUACGACGCUGCAAUCGUUGGACCGUGAGGAAAAAGACCUGUAUAACAUAAUAUUGGAGGUCUCGGAUGACGGUCAGCCACGCCAGUCGGUAACACGAAUACUACAAAUAUCAGUGAUAGACGUAGAUGAUCAUGUGCCCCAUUUUGGGCGUGAAAUUGACGCUGUACCCCUGACGUUUAGCAUACUUGAGGAAGAGCCUGAAGGCACGAUUGUCGGCAAUUUUAGCGCCAUUGACGAAGAUGUCGGCGCUAAUGCACUUAUAGAUUACUCGAUAUUAGAAGGAAAUAACGAGAAUGUAUUCGUCAUCGAACGCACCGAGGAGAAUGCAGCUAUUAUCAAAACCACCCGACCAAUUGAUAGAGAAGCAGUUGACUCGUAUACGUUAACGGUGAAAUGCUUGAAGCUUGGUGAACCCCACCACUCAUUCGUCGGCGACGAGUACGACCGCAAUGAUCUGUCACUCAUGCAGUUGACAAUCAAGGUGAUCGAUAUAGACGAUAAUCUGCCGCAAUUCACCCACAAGGACGCCUCUAUUGGCAUACGCAUAAAUGUUCCAGUCGAUACAGUUAUAACCACAGUGCACGCAACUGACCUUGACGCCGAAGCACCGCCGAUAGUAUUCUCCAUUGACAAUGUCACUUUCGUACCACAAUUCUACAAGCGCACGCGCAAGAUCGACUCGCGACCUCUCAAGAAUCUAUUCACACUUAACAACCGAACCGGCGAGCUGCGCACAGGUGGCUCUUUCUCCGACUAUGUAGAUGGUUACUUCCAGAUGAAGAUACGCGCCAACAAUUCGGAGCGUGUGAAACGUCACACCUUCAACAAUUUGAAAAUUUUCGUUAUACGAGACAAAUCCUUGCUGAAAUUCGUUUUCGCCCGACCACCGUCCGAGAUACAAGGUAUCAUACGACCCUUCCAAGAGCAACUUCAACAGAAGCUGAAGCCACUCGGCUUGGAGUUGCAUAUACUCGAUACACAGGUGUUGACACGUGCCGAUUACACGUUGGAUUUCACAGCGACCAGUUCCUGUUUCCAAAUGUUCAAAAACGGUGCGGCAAUCUCACUGCAAGAAAUGCAGAAGCUCAUGCAUUCCGAGCAAAUGAAGCAAGAACUAUUCGAUACAUACGUCGAGUACGGUGUGAGUGAGGUGGAACUGUGUUCGGUACGUAAGCUGCAGGUUGCGGCGAGUAUGAUGACCUCAGCGGGCACCUGGCUGGUCAUACUCGCAGCUUUCAUAGGUCUGGCGGCCAUUGUUGCGGCCUGCACGGCUUGUUGCCUAAAGAAGAAAUACAAAAAGCACUCGAAACGCAGCUUGCAAGCUUCCCGCGCUCCCACAGAACCGUACACGGUGGGCAUGGGUGUGCCCACGCUCUACUAUUCUGAACCGAUUUACGGCCCCUUGUCAUAGCAACCAGUCAUUUGGACUAGUGUAGGCAAAUAUUAAUUAGAUUAGCGCUCUAAAUGGUUGACGAGUUUAGUCUUAAGAGCAUACUUUUAGUUGGAAUAUAUCUAAGUCUUUAAGUCUCUCUAUUCUUGUGGUUAGUGACCAAGACUGCGCAUAUUAUUUUAUUUAAUUGAACUAAGUCGAUGUGUAAAAAACAAUAAUAUGCCUGUGAUUCAUUGUUUAUAUGUUUAUUAUCUUAUUUUUACGUUCUUGAGUUUCUAUAUUAAGUGAUUUUAAGCUGGAACAUGUCAGUUCUUAUAAGAUUUAAGAAAACGUAUAUCUUCUAUUUGUAAAUAAGUCCGCUUAGUUAGCUAAGGAAGCAAAAUUAUUCAAUAAAUAAACUAAUAAACCUAAUAA